GACCUGUUGUAUUUCCCUGUCUGGCCCAGCCGUAAUAAACGUGUUUUGAUCCUGUUUUUGCUGUCUGGAGUUCAUAAGCGAUUGCAACUUACAACAAGGUGUCUAACUUUCGUCAUUUUAAGCCCUCUUAAGACAAAAAACUUUAAAUUGAUAGGUUCCCACCAAAACUAAGGUCUGUAUGUCACAAUAUAAUUGGCUACCAUGAGAUGUUGUAAAUUGUAAUUGGUUAACUAAAUAAUGACGUAUUCUGACUUGCUAAAAUCCAUAUAAGCUCACUGCUACCUUUGUUCAGGGCCAUUCUCUGCACUUUUCUCCUUAAGAUCAGGAGAUCAGGUUUGGCCCAGCCGUGAAUAAAAUCUUGCCUCGCUUCUAUUCAGCGUCUGGUGGUUUUUUUCGACAGCACCUUGUUUUAAUACCCACAAAAAUAGAAUGCCCUAUUUGCUUUGUUUUAUGCCUGUUUUUCUUCUCUUCAUAACACUCCUCACCAUCUAAAAAGUUAUACAAUUCUCUUAUUUGCUUAUAUUUUUUCUCUAUCAUUGUAGGACUUUUUUUCUUUAACACCUUAUGCUCAUUCCUUAGAUAGUGCCUGACACAUGGUCAGCACUCAAUGUAUAUUCCUGAAAUUCUUGAAGAACUUCUUAGUAAAACUGUAAAAUAUAUGAUCCCUUAGGAAAGAAGCUGAUUGAAAAAAACACACAGAACAUAUCAGAUAUGUCCAGGUGCAUUCCUGAAGGGGACCGUAUCCACAUACAACAUAUUAAAAUGAAUUUCUGGACUCCAAACUAUAAAAGUAGUAUUUCAAUUCUGUGAGUAAUGAAGGUUUGUGUGAAAUGUACUCAUGUUAUCUCCUUCUUUCCAAGAAGCCACCUCCACCACAUGGAAUUGAGCAACAAAACACAAAUUUCAGAAUUUUUUCUUCUGGGAUUUUCAGAAGAACCAGAACUACAGCCCCUCAUAUUUGGGCUUUUCCUCUCCAUGUACCUGAUCACUGUAUUUGGAAACCUGCUCAUCAUCUUGGCCAUCAGCACAGACCCCAACCUCCACACCCCCAUGUACUUCUUCCUGGCCAACCUGUCCUUUGUAGACAUUUGCUUCACCUCCACCACCAUCCCGAAGAUGCUCUGGAACAUCCAGACCCAGAGCAAAGUCAUAACCUAUGAGGACUGCAUUGCACAGAUGAACUUCUUCAUAAUCUUUUCAGUGUUGGAUGACUUUCUCCUGAGUGUGAUGGCCUAUGACCGGUUUGUGGCCAUCUGUCACCCCCUGCACUACACAAUCAUCAUGAACCCCCAGCUCUGUGGACUCCUGGUUCUGGUGUCCUGGAUCAUGAGUGUUCUUUAUUCCUUGUUACAAACCUUAAUGGUGUUGUGGCUGUCCUUCUGUACAGAGGUGGAAAUCCCCCACUUUUUCUGUGAACUCAAUCAGAUGAUCCAACUUGCCUGUUCUGACACCUUUCUUAAUGACAUGAUGAUGUAUUUUGCAACUGUGCUGCUGGGUGGUGCUCCCCUGGCUGGGGUCCUUUACUCUUAUUCUAAGAUAGUUUCCUCCAUACGUAGGAUCUCAUCAGCUCUGGGCAAGUAUAAGGCAUUUUCCACCUGUGCAUCUCACCUCUCGGUUGUCUCCUUAUUUUAUUGUACUGGCCUGGGAGUGUACCUCAGCUCUGCUGCUACCCAGGGCUCCCACUCAAGUGCCACAGCCUCAGUGAUGUACACGGUGGUCACGCCCAUGCUGAACCCCUUCAUCUACAGCCUGAGGAACAGAGACAUAAAGGGCGCUCUGAGGAGAUUCUCUACAAUGGCAGCUAUAAAAGGGCUAAUUGUCUUGGGCUGAAGAAUUUCCCAUGACUGCUGGCCUAAGAGGUUUAGACUCAGAAGUUGUGAUUUUUGAAGCAAAUUCUGGACAUAGAAUUUGCUUCCUUAUUUCCUGGAAGUUUUAUUUUUUUUAACUACUCAGUACAAUUUAGUCAGUCAUUUAUUAAAUUUUUCCCUCUCUCUGAUAUCCAACAAUUUUCCCUUCAUUUUCUUUCUUUAUUUCUAAAUUGAUUCCCACCCUGUGAUAUGGAAAAAUUAGGAAUUCCCAUUUAUCUCAUUGAAUUGCUUGGGUUUCUUAAGAAUAAUUUCUUCCCAAAUGACAAAAAUCACCCCUUUCAAUAUGUCUUUAGUUUUACUAACAGAAUAGACAUUUGUUACCAUUCUGAUGGAAAAAUUCAAUUUGGUAAGUAGACCAUUUGUUCCUAUCCUAUCCUAUCUUAUCCUAUCCCAUUCUAUUUUUUCUAUUCUAUUCUAUUCUAUUCUAUUCUAAAUCUGAGACCACAGUUUUUCACUUUGUGUUUGUCAUUCCUUUGUGUAUCUCUACCUGCUCUUCCUGAUGAACAUACUAGUGUGUUUCAUAAAAGGCCAUUGGUUUUAUUUUCCUAAUUAGGAUCCCAUUCUCUUCUGGCUGUAUGGCUUCAUGGCUGUAUGUCACCAUUGCUUACAUAGUCACUGGCAAACUGAUUAUAAAAUACUUGUCUACCAGUGGAGUCUACAUGGAAAAAGAAAUUCGAAUGAAUAGAAUGACUUACUAUGCCCAAUGUUUAUAGCAGCACUUUCAACAAUGACCAAUGAUGGAAAGAGCCUAAAUGUCCAUCAACUGACGAAUGGAUAAAGAAAUUAUGGUUUAUAUACACAAUGGAAUACUACGUGGCAAUGAGAAAGAAUGAAAUCUGGCCUUUUGUGGCAACAUGGAUGGAAGUGGAGAGUGUUAUGCUAAGUGAAAUAAGUCAUACAGAAAAAGACAGAUACCUAUGUUUUCACUCUUAUGUGGAUCCUGAGAAACUUAACAGAAGACCAUGGGGGAGGGAAAGAAAAAAAAAAGGUUAGAGAGGGAGGGAGGCAAACCAUCAGAGACUCUUAAAA